UAAAGAAAAACGACACCCAGAUAAAAGCCAGUUCAUCUACCCCGUGUAAUAACUCCUUCUGUUUUUCUUUUCUUCCCAAUUCUCUCUCUCUCUCUGUUAAAAGCAAAACCAGAAACCCAAUAACCAAUCAUUCUCAACUAUCAUCAUGCAGGAAGGUAGAAAACGAUUCACGAGACCAUCAGCUGCACAAAACCACCCCAUCGUUCCUUCAUAGGAAUUGUGUCUCUCUCGCUCUCGAAUCCCCACCAUAUCCAGAGAGAGCGAGAGAGAGAGAGGAAAAACAGAGGAUCUGUCGACAUUGAAGGUAAAUGCUCUGUUUUCCUUCAAUUCCAACAUCAAAUCAGAGGUACCAUUUCAAGUUCAAUGCAUUUCGCAAUCUCAAUGUCUAAAAACCUAAUCUGGGUGUUCGUCAUAUUGCCAAAUUUCUUCUCGCUUGCUCUCUCCGACCCUCGAGCCUCUGAAUCACAUCUUGUCUGUGGUGCAGAUAAGAACCCUUACAAUUCGAGUUUCAUUCCUAAUUUCUAUAAUGUGAUGCACAACCUAAUUAAACAAGUCGCCAAUCAUCUCUCUGGAUCCUAUUUCGUCGCCACACCAUCGCCGGCGAUCUAUGGUAUGGCCCAAUGUCACCGAGAUCUAUCCCCUGUUGACUGCCAGGUCUGUUUCAGCGAAGGCAGAGUGAAACUCCCGAAAUGUCUCCCUAGCAGCUCUGCUCGUAUCUUUCUCGAUGGUUGCUUUCUUCGUUACGAUAACUACAGCUUCUUUAAUGAAGCCACUGACCCGAAAUACGACUAUGUGAACUGUAGCUCGUCGAAGGAGGUUUUGACGGAUAAGUCAUUAUUGAUGGAUUUCAACAGUAAGGUCGCUCAAGUGAUCAAGAAUGUGACUGAAACGGCGGUGGUAAAUAAGGGUUUUGCGGUGUCGGAGGUGAGAGGAGGCGUUGUGGCGGUGUAUGCAUUGGCACAGUGUUGGACAACGCUCGAUGCUGAUAGUUGUAGGUUAUGUCUGAACUUAGCAGGGUCUAAGUUGAGGCAGUGUAAGCCUGGGGCUGGUGGCAGGGCACUCUAUGCUGGUUGUUAUAUGAGGUACUCUACGGAGAGAUUCUUCAACAUUGCUGUGGACACCGAGGAGGGUCCUGAUAAGGACUCUUACAAAGGAAUUAUCAUAGGAAUCGUAUUAUCAGCGGUGGCAUUUGUUCUCCUUGCUUCUUUUGGCGCUUAUAUAGGGUACAAGAGACUAUCAGAGAAGAAAAAAGAUCAAAAUAGUAUUCGUCAAGCUCUAGCUUCGUCAAACAGAUCUAGUUUGAAUUUCAAGUAUGAAGCACUUGAGAAGGCAACCGACUACUUCAAUGAGUCGAGGAAACUAGGACAAGGAGGAGCAGGUUCUGUUUUCAAAGGGAUUCUACUUGAUGGGAGAGUGGUUGCAGUUAAGAGAUUGGUCUAUAAUACACGGCAAUGGGUGGAUCAGUUUUUCAAUGAAGUAAAUUUAAUCAGUGGUAUUCAACACAAGAAUAUUGUUAGUCUUUUGGGUUGCAGCAUUGAAGGACCAGAGAGCCUCUUAGUUUACGAGUUCGUGCCUAACCGAAGCCUCGAUCAAAUUUUGUUUGCUAAGAGCACAAUACAUGUUCUCAACUGGCAGCAGCGGUUCAGUAUGAUUCUCGGGAUCGCUGAGGGGCUUGCAUAUCUUCAUGGAGGUUCUGGAGUAAAAAUUAUCCACAGAGACAUAAAAGCCAGCAACAUUCUUCUUGACGAGAAUUUUACUUCAAAGAUUGCUGAUUUUGGGCUUGCUCGAUGUGCGGCUUCUGAUCAAUCCCAUAUUAGCACUGGAAUCGCGGGAACACUGGGAUAUAUGGCUCCAGAAUAUCUAGUUAAAGGACAGUUAACAGAAAAGGCAGAUGUAUAUUCAUUUGGCGUGCUUAUUCUCGAGAUUUCUACUGGAAGGAAAAAUACUGUAUUUUCUCAGGGUUCAGAUUCGAUUUUGCAUUCCGUUUGGAAGCACUACGAGAGACGGACUUUAACAAAAACAGUUGAUGCCGGUUUAGAAGGUAUAUUUCCAGAGGAAGAGGCAUCCAAAGUGCUUCAAAUUGGUCUUCUAUGUACACAAGCUUCAGCUGCAUUAAGACCGUCCAUGUCGGAAGUAGUUCAGAUGCUAAAUGAUAAAGAAUGCGUAGUUCCCUCACCGAAGCAGCCUCCAUUCUUGAAUGCCAGCGUGCUAAGUCCAGACGACUCAAACGAAAGUUCUAUUAUUACAAGCUAUGUAACCCCGAAGGACUAUGCAGCGCGCAACAAAUCUUCGAGUGAUAGUCGUUUGUCAUCCAUUCCGGCUAUUCAAGAAUCAAUUGGUUCUUCAGAAACCAAUCAAUCCGGGCAGGAAUCAAAUCCCUCUCCCGGAGAAAACUCGAGACUGCAAAUUUGAGAAAUGCUUGUAAAGAGACUGUCUAUGCUUGUAAAACUUUAAAGUGAGAUGUAGAACUUAUUGUUAUAAUGAGGUAGGAUACAGAGUUCAACCCAAUGAAGAGGGUGAACUUUGUUGCACAUACUAGGAAAAUGUAGUUUGCUCUUGUUUGAUUCCAAGUAAAAAUUCAAAUGUUUGCCAAA